AUGGCAUCUUUUUCACAAUUUAAACAAUUGGAAAAACUGGGGAAUGGUACUUAUGCAACAGUUUACAAAGGGUUAAAUAAGACAACAGGAGUGUAUGUUGCCCUUAAAGAGGUUAAACUGGAUUCCGAAGAGGGAACUCCAUCAACAGCGAUACGUGAGAUUUCGUUAAUGAAAGAGUUAAAGCAUGAUAACGUUGUUAGACUUUACGAUGUAAUUCAUACCGAAAACAAAUUGACGCUUGUCUUUGAGUAUAUGGAUAAUGAUCUGAAGAAAUACAUGGAUUCAAGAACUGUUGGUAACAACCCACAAGGUCUAGAACUAAACUUGGUCAAAUAUUUCCAAUGGCAAUUGAUGGAAGGUGCAGCAUUCUGCCACGAGAACAAGAUACUUCAUCGUGAUUUGAAACCCCAAAAUUUGUUGAUCAACAAUAAGGGCCAGUUAAAAUUAGGUGAUUUUGGUCUUGCAAGAGCUUUCGGCAUACCAGUUAAUACUUUUUCUAGUGAAGUUGUAACGUUAUGGUACAGAGCUCCUGAUGUUCUAAUGGGAUCGAGGACUUAUUCGACUUCUAUCGAUAUGUGGUCAUGCGGUUGUAUAUUAGCGGAAAUGGUUACUGGUAAACCACUUUUCCCCGGUACAAAUGACGAAGAACAGUUAAAACUGAUCUUUGACAUUAUGGGUACACCAAAUGAAUCCACAUGGCCAGGUGUUUCAUCACUACCAAAAUUCAAUCUAAAUUUCCCACAGAAGCUACCAAGGGAUUUAAGAUCAAUUUUACAGGUUUGCUCAAAGGAACCAUUAGAUGACAAUUUGAUCGAUCUCUUACACGGGUUAUUACAGCUAAAUCCUGAUAUGAGGUUAAGUGCGAAACAAGCUUUGCACCAUCCUUGGUUUGCAGAGUACUACCAACAUGUUUAA